AUAAAGUGGCAGGAAACAUGUUGUUCACGUCACAUAGAGACCUAAGAAUCCGAGUAUGGAAUUUCACAGUUUCAGAAAAAUUGAGUUGGAAAAAGGUUUGUUGUAUUCCAAAGAAAAGCUCUUUGCUGUCAUUGUCCAAAACCAAAAGAGAAGCAAGCAGCCACAAAGACACCAUAUCUUGCAUUGCAUAUUACCUCUCACAAGACCUCCUCUACACCGCCUCUCACGACAAAACCGUCAAAGUCUGGCGAAUCUCUGACCGCAAAUGCGUUGACUCUUUUCUCGCCCAUGAACACAAAGUCAACUCCUUAACCGUCAACCAAAACGACGGCUGCCUCUUCACUUGCUCCUCAGACGCAACUGUCAAGAUUUGGCGAAGGCUAUUCCCAGAAAACUCCCACACCCUUACGAUGACACUCAAGUUCCAGGCUUCCCCUGUAAACGCCGUCGUUUUGAGCAUACACCACGACGCCACUUUCCUCUACUCCGGAUCCUCCGAUGGGACCAUUAACUUUUGGGAAAAGGAGAAGGUUUCUUAUAGAUAUAACCAUGGGGGGUUCCUGCAAGGCCACCGAUUUGGGGUUCUGUGUCUGGCGGUGGUGGAGAUGCUGGUUAUGAGUGGCUCUGAGGACACCACCGUCAGGAUAUGGAGGAGGGAGGAAGGGGGUUGGUCUCAUGAGUGCUUGGCAGUGCUGGAUGGCCAUAGAGGGCCUGUCAGAUGCCUGGCAGGAACCUUGGAGACCGUGCAAAACAGAGUAAUGAACAAGAUGGAGACCAUGGAAAACAGAGUAAUGGAGAACAGAUUAAUGAACAAGAUGGAGACGAAUGUUUUGGUUUAUAGUGGGAGUUUGGAUCAGACUUUUAAGGUGUGGAGAGUGAAGGUGUAUUUGGGUCAUAAUGAUCAAUACCAAAAGGAAUUACUGGAGUAUGAGGAGGAGGAGGAGGAUGAGAACUUGAAGAUGAAGAAGCUCUAUGAGAUGAGCCCUGUCUUGUCUCCUUCUUGGGUUCAGAAAAAGCUUCAACCUAAAUAUUUCUGACUUCCUCAUUCAAAAUUGUAAAUUUAAUUGCUAUGAUC